AUGGAGACGGACGAAGUGAACUCUGGUGACCUUUUUGGAGAUGCCGAUCAACGACGAUUGUCGCAAGGCCGUGUUCCCGUUCCUGUCCAAGCCGCGCAUCCAAGCGGCCUGCUGAAAGGAGUUUUCCCAACCCAGGAGCAGUAUAGUGGACGCCGGGAAGGAACUGCAUUCGCGCCGCCGCCAUCGCUGCCAGGUCCAGCGCCAUCGUUUUUCACUCCAGCGCCAUCGCAAGCGCCCGCGCCAUCGCAGGCGCCCGCGCCAUCGCAGGCGCAACGUCUGGAGCAGCAUGAUGACCCGAUGCCGAAAACGUUAAAUUUGCUUCAACAGCAAAUGGCCCAGCAACAGAAGAAGAAGAAGAAUGAGUUUUUGCAGCAACGCCUUAUAAGUCACGGCGCUGCAACAACCAAGUUCCGGUUAGAUACGGACACGGGAAUCACGUUCAAAAACUGGUACUCACGCUACGUAGAUUUGUUCCAGAAAGAUGCUGCUAGGAUCGACGAUGCUGCGAAAGUCCGGUUAUUGCUGCGGAAACUGGGAGCUGCCGAGCAUGACCGUUAUUUGAGUUUCAUCCUGCCAAGCCGCCCAUCCGAUUUUUCGCUCGAGCAAACGGUGGAAAAGCUGUCAACCCUCUACGACUACCAGGAAUCGCUGCUGAGUAAGCGAUUCAGAUGCCUGCAGUUAGUGAAGAAGCGGAACGAAGACCAUCUAAGUUAUGCCUGUCGAAUCAACAAGGCGGCCGUUGAAUUCGAGCUCGGCAAGCUCAACGAGGAGGACUUCAAGUGCUUGCUAUUCGUCUGUGGUAUGAAGGACGAGACUGAUGCAGACAUACGAACGCGCUUGCUGGCAAAAAUAGAGGACCAUAGCAUGACGUUGCAACAGCUAGCCGCCGAAUGCAGUAGAUUGGGAAAUUUAAAAAAAGAUAGUGCGAUGAUCGAGACACCGGGAAAUGAUCGAGUUUUGGCAGUGAACCUGAAAACGCCCUACCCUCAGAAAAAGUUUCCAAAUGCCUCAAAAGCGAAUCCCAGCAAACCAUGUUGGCUCUGCGGAGACUUCGUGCUUGGAGACGAUGUUUAA